AUGCUAGCAGCGACGACGCUUCAAACCGAGGUGACCCAUCCAACGUUUCUGACGCUCCACAGUCUUUUCUCCGGAUACGACAGAGACUUCUCUCCAUGCACCGCAAGUGGGCCACUGGUUAUUGAUGUGAGCAUGGACGUCAUGGAACUCGCAUGGAAAGGAAACAAGAUGCACAUUCUGUACUUUCUGCGAGAAAAAUGGGUCGACGAAAGGCUCCAAUCAAACACGACGAUUCCGAUAAAGAUUAAGGAAAGCGAAAAAGCUUGGUUGCCUGACGUAUUUUCGCCGACUGCAAUUCAGAGCAAGACAGAGCAUGAUGGAGCGUUGACCAUACUUCCACAUGGGGAACUGGUUUUGAGUAGACUCAUAAAAAGUUCUUUCAACUGUCCUCUCAGCCUUACCUCGGUUUACCUAAAGAAUGGAACUGUCAACUGUACAGUUACUUUUGAACCCUACGGACAUUCAGAGAAUGAAGUGAAGCUACGCUGGGCAGAUCAUGGGGUUAAUAUGGAGUACAUCAAGAACAAGAACUGUAAUUACGCCACAGUGAUUGAAAGCGAAGAAAAUGUUGUAUCGGCGCACGGCAGGAAGUACUCUAGACUGGAGGUCGUGAUCGAAGUUCAGACGGGAAUAACGAGAAGCGUGUUGGAGUACCAGCUGCAGAAGAUUGUCAGCGAACUGUAG